AUGGUCGCUCCCGUCGCUGCUUCUGGUGUCAAGGGCGGAAACGUCUCGACCCAGACCGUCAAGCUCAACAACGGCGUCGAGAUCCCCCAGAUUGCCCUCGGCGUCUACAAGGCCCCCAACGACGGCUCCACCGAGCAGGCCUGCAAGUGGGCCUUUGACGCCGGCUACCGCCACAUUGACUCUGCCGCCCGCUACAUGAACGAGGAGGCCGUCGGCCGCGCGCUCAAGGAGUGGACCCAGGCCAACAACGUCCCCCGCUCCGACAUCUUCAUCACCUCGAAGCUCUGGGACGCCGACCACGACAAGGCCGAGGACGCCAUCGCCGACUCGCUCAAGAAGCUCGACGUCGAGUACAUGGACAUGUACCUCAUCCACUCGCCCGGCACCAUGGGCCCCGACACCCGCCUCAAGGCGUGGCGCGCCCUCGAGGCCGCCGUCGACGCCGGCAAGAUCAAGACGAUUGGUGUCUCCAACUUUGACGUCGAGGAGCUCGACCACCUGCUCGCCAACUGCCGCAUCAAGCCGGCCGUCAACCAGAUUGAGUCGCACCCCUUCUUUGCCAACGAGGAGCUGCGCGAGGCCAGCAUCGCCCGCGGCAUCCACAUCCAGGCCUACUCGCCCAUGGCCCAGGGCGCCGCCCUCGACCGCCCCGAGAUCAAGGCCAUUGCCCAGAAGCACGGCAAGACGCCCGCCCAGAUCCUGCUCCGCUGGGGCCUGCAGCUCGGCAACAUUAUCCUGCCCAAGAGCCUUACCAAGCACCGCAUCGAGGCCAACGCCCAGAUCUUUGACUUUGAGCUCGACAACGACGACAUGGACGUCAUGAACUCGCUCGACGAGGGCAUGAAGAUGGGCAAGCUCGGCCCCGCCGGCACCUCGCAGCCCGCCUCGCCCGGCGGCACCCGCCCCGGCUCGCGCCGCUCGUCGGGCAGCGGCGGCCUCUCUGGCGGCAAGCUCGCCAUGAGCUCGGCAUAG